CGCAGAUCUAGGAGAGAAACUUCUGGACUCGUUUGCAGACUACGUUUUCGGUGGAGCUACGACACGCGUUGUCGUGAGUCGAGGCACGUCGCAGGCGGCCAGCCGAAACGAUUCAUCGGCUGGCCAUUCUCAAUCCGGGUCGCCGAACAAGAAUCCACUACAGAACAUGGGUGUUGAUAUACAGCAUGGAGGCAUUGUUCCUACUGCGGCAGGAGAACCAGGUAUUCUUCAAAAUGGG